GAGUUGAGGGCACCACUGGCACACCCACUGGCAACCAGACACCCACUGGACGCACCCACGCCCAGCCCACACCCACGCCCCCCCAUGUGCUGCGCUGGAAGCGACGCACCCUUCCAGCGUGGCCGACCCUCUGCAGUGGACUCUGGCCCGAUACGCUCCCCACUAUUACGCCGGCCAAACCGCCGUGGCCAUCCAUGAUCCAUCUUGCUGCGUGCUGAAUUCGACGCUGGCACUGGGGCUGGCACUGGCACUGGCACUGGCACUGGCGACCCCCAUCGUCGUCAAUCCGCUCCAUCAUUGAUCCCCAUCAUUCCUUCUUCAAUCUUUGUCACCCGCCUUCCCCCUCCCUGGAACCAGCCAGGCCACUCGCUGGCUCCCACAGAAGUGACAAGACCCCCAACCGCCUGCCCAGCCCGUCUUUGGAACGGCUCGAACUCGAUUGGCACGACCCCGGGCCCGCCUUGGUCGCUGGCGCCGCUUCCCCCACGCUCUCAAAACAGGCCCAAUCAUCACUCUCUUGGCCGUUGCGCCUGCCCGCCUGCCAUUCUCCUUGUCCCCUCCAUUUCCUUGUUAUCCUCGGCCUCUUGUCCCGUUUCUUCUUUUCUUCCACCUUCCACCCCCCUCCUCCGCAGGCCUUCUGAGCCUGUCACUACGGAGCGAAACGUUGCACCGCGCGCGACCACGGCCGACAGACAGACUUGACAGUACCACGACAGCAGACGGACAGUCGAGAAUAAAAAAAAGAGAAGGGAAGGAAGAGAGAGUUGGGGAGGGAGAGUGAGCGAGAGAAAGUGAGGGAGCGACGACCUUGGUUUCGGAACGCGAUUCCUGAACGAUUGCCCGCAGCCUGCCCUCGCGACGGCUCACACGCUGCGACGCCCACCUCUCUCGACGCCGUCGGUGUCCAAUCUCCCUAAUCGUCCUCUCCCGUCAUUCCGGCCCGCGCUCGGGGUUACCGUAUCGUCGCCCGACCUGACGCAAACAAAAGUAGCCCCUGGGCUCUGCCAAUCGUUACCCUUCCACCCACCGCGCCCGCGCGCCUUGUCUCGAGAUCCUAUUUCUGUAUAGGAAUUCGAAGGACAGACCACGACCCCACGCUCCGCAGGUUCCGCGCCUGCCAACUGAUCUCGCCUGACGCUUGCGCCGGGCACAUCACUACUUGGCAAACAGCUCUCCGGGCGCAUCAGCUACCGAUAUCGCGACCCUCAACCUUCCUACUCGGCGACACGACGGCAGGGCCGCCCCGACUACGGAUAUCUGUGGGUGAGGCAAGGACGGCUUGCCAGAUCACAGCGCUCCCUCUGUGCCGUUGCACGCUGCUGCAUCCCCUCGAUCGCGUCCGCCCACGACGGCCGUAGCAAUCGUCUCGGGCGGCUGCUCUGUCAGACCUCGGCCGAACCCAGAUGUCCCAACAUGAUUGAUCUGAGGAACACCAUAUUCAUAAACGUCCCCACUCACUCGGUCGGGCUCUCGGCCGCUCGCUAAGGGGCUUGCUUGGUUAAACAUUCCGGGCCAUCGCGCAAACCUCGUCGCCGCCGCAGACGCCCCCUCGCCUCUACAUCCGCAACCAUGGCUGCACAGCCGCCCCGACCAGCAGUGAUGGACCACUCGCGCGUUACCGAGUUCGGCUCGGAGAUGUACUUUGCGAAGCUCCAACAGCAGGAGCAGCAAAGAACGGACCAGGCCGCCAGUGGUCCAUCAGUCGCUCUGCCAUCUGUCAUACCACACCACUCAUUCGCUUUGCCAGUGCGAGAAAGGAAGAGGAGAAAUUUCAACAUUACCAGGAUUUUCCAGAAGUCCCCCUCUGAACACCUGCCAACCCCGAGGAGAGAUUCUUGCGGUGAUGGCUCCAGGACGCGAAGUGUUGCCAUUGAUAAACUAUUUCUCGCCUUGCCAACCGAGCUGCAGAUCGAAAUCAUCGUCUCGCUUCCCCUGUCCGAUAUUUUGAACCUCCGACUAGCGUCAAGAGCGUGGCACGCCAUGAUAACCAUGACCGAGGUGCAGAUCGCGCGCUAUCAUCUGGAGCAUAACAUUCCAGCCUAUGCCAAGCGACUUUACCCUCUACCCGAGGGGACAAAACCAACCCUCCACCACGUCUGUGGGCUAUGGCACCGUCUUCACGUUUCCGCCAAGCUGGCAUACUUCAUCUGCGAGCGCGUUACCAAGGAGAUUUUCCUGAGGACUAGCGAGGCUCAAAGAAGAGAGUUUGCCCCCGCCUGGGAGCGUAUGAGGCGGCGUCUGAUCCCGCUCAUCUUCACCAUAUUUCACUUUUUCGAGACCUACCGCGCCCGCCAUCUCGACUAUCUACAGAAGAACAGGGGUAUUGGGAUCCGGCACAUGCCCUACACCCUCAACCCCAUCGAGGUCGAGGUCAUGAACAUGUACGAUGACCGUACAUUACUUCAAGUCCACCAGGUUUUCCCGCUCGUCAUUGCGUCUUUCUGCAGGAGGUUGCGGCCGCCGUCCUACGCCGGCCGUGUCGAGAGGACAGUCAGGGGUUAUCUCAGGGAGAAACCAGCUGACGAGGUCCACGUGGCUGCCCUGAUCUGCGGAGGGAUGCGCCAGGCGGAGAAGUUUUGGGAAAUCAAGGGUUACAAUACGCGCAGGGCAGCGGUGGACACAUGGUACAAGUCCGUCACACAAGAGCCGGUCGAGCCCGGCACGGCCAAGGCCAAGCGCGGCCUCAGGCUGGGCAGGAAAAAGUCCAUGGCGGUCCUGAAGGGGGACAAGGCGCUGGCUUCGAGCGGAGACGCGGCGACGCACGGCGGGCGCGAGUCGGUCGAUUCGGGUUCUGGGCGGCGGAACAGCUUCAUCUUCAACACCAGCCUGGCACUGGGUAUGCCCAUGGGCCCCCUAUCGCACGAGCACGCGGCGCUGCUGCUGCCCGACCUGCCGGCCCUGCAGCAGAUGUGGCUCACGACGGCCGAGGCUCUGAUCCUGAACCGCAAGAUCGUCGAGAGGCCCGCCGACAUCAAGCGCAACGCCACCAUGAUGCUGGACCUCAUCCGCGAGGGCGGCAUGGAGGAGGAGGACGCGUGGUGGUACGGACAAGGCAUCCCCGACUCCAUCAGGCCACCUCCCAGCGCCACCGAGGACGAUCCCAUCGAAUAAGGCCCAAGAGCGCGCGUCUGGCCCCCCUCUCUAAUUCCGCACUCGCCGAUGCGUCCGCAUCACACCAGCAGCUACACACCAUAUACUGCCAUAUCUAUCCCAUAUCCUGUCAUAUCCCCACCAUAAUACACCCCACCAUAACACACCACACCAAACAACCCCACACCCAUGUGCCUCUCAUCGACGACUGUGGCAUCAUCUUUUUGCAUACUUUGUCGCUCUUCUGUUGUUAAUAUUGAUUAUUCGGAAGCAUCGCCGGAGUUUUAUGGCUUUGAAACGGGUGGCGCGCCGGCCACAUGUCAACGGUUGACAGUUAGCGUUCACGACUGCUAUUACUAUUACUAUGCUAUCUCUCUCCUUUGUCCAUUUGUCAUCCCUAUUUUUUUUGUCUGCGUUAUUUUGUUCGCACGCCAUUUUUGUUUCUUCUUCUUGCCGUUCUGCUACGGUUGAAUUCUUAUUUCUUUGGCGCUAUCUGCAUAUCUGGAGAUUCAAAUCGAGAGGAAUCUGCUCCAACCUCUCCGUCCUCUUUCUACCAAAUGCCUUCGAUUCUCAUCAAAUCAACCCAGAAAGGGUCUGCUAUAUAGAAGGGUUAUUCUUCGGUCUCCAUGGUUUUUUUUCCCCACUUGGCCUUGGAAGCAAGCGGUACAGCCAUGGUUGGGUCCAUCGACCAAAUGCCGUUCCUAUUAUUAUUACUUAUUCUCAUCCUGCCCAUUCUUGGCCAGUGCCGGCUCUGUAUAUCAAAAACUCGAGCGACUAUGCCUUUUGCUAAUGUCCUUGAUCUUGCACA